AUGCUGUUCAAAAAGAGAGACCAGGCGGCCGAGGCCCCUGGCACCUCUGGUUCCGGGUCUCCGGCCGCACCCGCUGGAGCUAGGGAUGAAGGAGCAGAUAUGGGUGCGCCCAAAACGACAUCGACAGAGGUCACAUAUCCACAAGGCCUUCGGCUGGUGUUGAUCAUGGCGUCGGUGUUCAUGAGCCUGUUCCUCGUGUCUCUGGACCGCCUCAUCGUCAGCACGGCCAUCCCCGAGAUCACGGACGAGUUGCACUCGGUCACCGACAUUGGCUGGUACGGCAGCGCGUUCCUGCUGACCACGUGCGCGUUCCAGCUGCUCUUCGGCAAGAUCUACACCUUCUUCGCCAUCAAGACCACGCUCCUGGCGUCCAUCCUCCUCUUCGAGCUCGGCUCCGCCGUGUGCGGCGCCGCGCCCACCAGCGCCGCCUUCAUCCUCGGCAGAGCUAUUGCUGGUGUCGGCUCCGCCGGCGUCACCUCGGGAAUCGUGAGCCGCUUCCCCCGCGAGCCCGGUCUCAGCCAGCCAGGCCUGUUCGGGGCCGUGUUCGGGGUGUCGUCGGUGCUCGGCCCGCUGCUCGGCGGCGUGUUCACGACCAAGGUCACCUGGCGGUGGUGCUUCUAUAUUAAUCUGCCGUUCGGCGCUGCCGCCUUCUUGUUCAUCGCGGCCCUCAUGCAGGAGCCGGACCGGGACGCCACCCGGCUGUCGCUGAGGCGCAGGGUGCUGAACCUCGACCUGCUCGGCAUCGCCACCCUCCUGCCCGGCAUCGUCUGCCUGCUCCUCGCGCUGCAGUGGGGUGGGUCGGAGUACCAGUGGAGCAACGGCCGUAUCAUGGCACUGUUGGUGCUUGCUGGGCUCCUCCUGGUGGCCUUUGCCUUGGUUCAGGUUUUCAAGCCAGGCACGGCAACCAUACCUCGCCGCGUCUUCGCGCAGCGCAGCAUCAUUGCCGGCUUCUGGUCGACACUCACCAUUGGCGGGCAGUCGACGAUUUUCAUUUACUUCCUCCCCAUCUGGUUCCAAGCCGUGAAAAGGGUCAACGCCGUCGACAGCGGCAUCCGCCUUCUCCCGCUCCUGCUGUCCAUGGUGGUGGCCUCCAUCUGCGCGGGGGUCCUCACCGCGCGCGUAGGCUAUUAUAACCCGUUCCUGAUCGCCGGGGCCGCUCUCAUGGCCGUCGGCGCCGGCAUGCUGUACACGCUGCAGGUCGACGCGGACAGCGCUCGGUGGAUCGGAUACCAGGUGCUCUCGGGUUUCGGCUUCGGGUGCGCGUUCCAGGGCCCGAACCUGGCCGUGCAGGCCGUGCUGCCGCUCGAGGACGUGCCCAUCGGCACCGCCAUCAUGAACGUCGGCCAGCUUCUGGGCGGCGCCGUGUUCCUGUCCGUCGGCCAGAACGUCCUCAACGCGCAGCUGCUCGACCGCCUGAGCCGCCUGCCCGGGUUUGAUUCCAGCCUCCUCGGCAACAGCGGUGCCACCUCCAUCAUCGCCAAGCUGCCGGAAGCGAUCCAGCAUGCCGUAGUUUUCGAGUACAACGAGUCCUUGCGGCGCGCCUUUCUUGUCGCCGUGGUCCUCGCCGUUCUGACGCUCCUUGGCGUUGUUCUUAUGGAGUGGCGGAGUGUGAAAAAGGACAGGAAAACAACCGAGGCGUCCGAAGAGGGCAAGGCAUUGGCGGAAGUCGCCGGCACUGGCCAAGACACAGGCGCGGUUUCCGGCGACAAGGUCGCUCGCGAUUCGAGCACCAGCGCGGAUGAGAAAGCAGGGGUGCCCGCCGUGGUGACACAGCGGGCAAUCAAGGGCACAGACACGACAGGAGAUGCAAAGGAAGCGUGA